CUCGUUUUGAUCGGUCCCAAUUUAAAAAAGAUUCAAAAUCGAGCAACAUAAUCUUUGAUUCGAUAAAUCGAGACUUGGUAGCAAAAAAAUCAAAACUUUGUAAUUGUUUCAGAAUGAGUUCGUCGCUACGACUGUGGUUUGCUACAGUACUCGUGCUUACACAGCUCAUCAAUGGAGCUCUGUGUUGGGGAAAAGAAGGCCAUUACACCGUCUGCAAAAUAGCCGAGAGCUACUUUGAAGAAGAAACUGUAGCUGCAGUGAAGAAACUUUUACCUGAAUCAGCUGAUGGAGAUCUAGCAUCUGUUUGCUCAUGGCCUGAUGAGAUUAAACACCAUUGGCAAUGGAGAUGGACUAGCCCUUUGCACUAUGUUGAUACACCUGAUUACAGAUGCAACUACGAGUAUUGUCGGGAUUGCCAUGAUACUCAUAAGCAUCAAGACCGUUGUGUGACUGGAGCGAUUUUUAAUUACACUAUGCAACUUAUGUCGGCUUCUGAAAACUCGCAUACUAUAGUCCACUACAACUUGACAGAGGCUCUAAUGUUCUUAUCACAUUUUAUCGGAGAUAUUCACCAGCCCUUACAUGUUGGUUUUCUGGGAGACGAAGGUGGAAACACGAUAACAGUCCGCUGGUACCGUCGCAAAACAAAUUUGCACCAUGUCUGGGAUAACAUGAUUAUUGAGUCUGCUCUUAAAACAUACUACAAUAAAAGUCUUCCUCUCUUCAUUCAAGCACUUCAAACCAAUCUUACGCAUGGCUGGUCUAAUGAUGUUCCGUCGUGGGAGUCAUGUCAACUUAACCAAACGGCCUGUCCAAAUCCGUAUGCAUCUGAAAGCAUAAAUCUAGCCUGCAAGUAUGCCUAUAGGAACGCUACCCCAGGGACUACUUUAGGAGAUGAUUAUUUCCUCUCUCGGUUACCCAUAGUGGAGAAGAGACUUGCACAAGGUGGAAUACGCUUGGCGGCCACUCUAAACCGUAUCUUUUCUUCUAAACCUAAGCAUGCUGGAUCAUGAAACUGAGAAAAAUAUCCCCAAGAACCAUAUGCACUCACUCUGUUAGCUCCUUUAGAUCAUGUAAUGCUUAGUUAAGUUUAUGGAGAAGCAAUGCUUUCUUACUUCAUAUCUUUGUUUUUUUAGUCA